AUGAUUCUUUCCCUAUCUUCAGUGCCAUCAUCCAUAAUGCGACUGCGUCGUCUCACACUUUCUUUUCUUCUCGGAACCUCAUUUACGGCUUCUGGUCAAGCUUUCUCUUCGUCGCCUUCUCAGUGGAGAAAACCACAAAUCACUGUUUCGCCUGAACAGCGAAUAUCACUCGCAGCUAACGCCAUCCAAGAAACCAUGAAUAUCUUCAAUCAAACAUCCGGGCAGUUCAACGUAGACGGCAACUACGUAUAUUCUGGUGUUUUUUACGGUCAAAUGGCGGAUUUCGACCUCGCCACGAACGGGACUCGAUUUAAGGACCUGCUCAUGACGUAUUUUCUCAAGGCCGAGGCGUUAAACCCUGGAUUUUUGGCUGAGUUUGUCAGUCGUCUUCGUUCGCUGGCUUCAAGUCCUACUUACAGAUUUUUUUUUCGAACGAUUUGUCUUCGACAGCUUCAAUUCGGAGUGAUGUACGGAUGGGCGGCCGUCCGUGCCUAUUCAGCCUACCAUGAAAGCGCCUUUCUAGGCUUUGCGGAAAGAUCUUGGGGCUCGAUGCGACUUUACACGCUGUCAAACAACGAUGUUGCAGCUGGGAAGUCGCCAAGAAAAUCCGUUCAAGUUCUUAAGGAUUGCUCGGGAGCAUCCCUUUCCGGCGGUACAUUUUAUAUCAGAGAUGAUAAAAGUAGUACCCUGAGCGGGCUACCGACAGGCUUAUUCCUAACGUAA